AUGUUGCAGCUCCAGCAGAUGGACAUGUGUGCGGAUCCUCCAUCCCGCGGACUUGUGGUCGGCGUGUUCGCCGACGAAACGGACCGCAAUGAUGCUGGCGUCCUCACCGCGGCCGGUUGGCGGUACAAUGUCCAGAAGACUGCCGGCCGAUUGCUAGAGAACAGGAUUCCAGUGCCGUCGCUGGACUUAUACGCAAGAAAAGACGAGGUCUGCGACCUCGAAGGAUGGCGCAUUGGUCUGCAGAAGGCAGCCGCCCAGAACCUGACGAGACAGCUGCAGGAGAUGCCCUCCAACCUCCUCACACCCACAGCUUUUGCGCAGAAUGUCGUCGAGGUGCUGUGCAAAUCCGGUGUCAAUGUGGAGGUCAAGGUCGAGGGCUGGGCCGAGAGCCAGUCAAUGCACGCCUUCCUGGCUGUGGGCAAGGCCUCGUGCGAGCCACCCAUCUUCCUGGAGCUGAGUUACUACGGCACCUGUGCCGAGGAGCGCCCCAUUGUGCUGGUGGGCCAAGGCGUGACUUACGAUGCUGGAGGAUUGUGCCUGAAAGAGAAACAUGAGCUCUUCCAUAUGCGUGGCGACAUGACCGGGGCCGCCGUUGUGGUGGCCUGUUGUCGAGCUGUGGCUGGCCUGCGUUUACCGGUAAGUACUCAGGACAGAAAUGAUAUCUCCUUGAAUAAUAAUGCUGUUCUUAGGUCAACAUUCGCGGCCUGA